GAAACGUCGAACGUCGGCGUUCAGCUGAGGCUGAAACCGAGGCCCAGGCUGCGAGCCAGUUCGCGCCAGUCCGACGGACCCUCUCGACCAAUCUCUGGAUGGGCCUUGCCACUCGUUCACCGAUACACAUAGUACACACGAGCCGCGCUCGCCGAACAAUUUUUUUUCACGUGCACAGCAAGUUUGUUCCAAGUUUCUCUCUUUCUUGGUUUCUCGUACCCUUUUUCUCUCUCUCUCUCUUUGGAUACAUCCAAAUCUUCGAGUCGCUUGUGCGUUGACAAGAGGAAAGUUUGCCUAGGUUCGCCUAGGUUUGCCGAAAGUGGAACCCCGAAAGCGAGACCCUUGAACGCUGGUGUCAAUGGUCCCAUGGUCUGUCACGAUGCGGCCGACACUAACCCUGAAUUGUGUCCUCGCGAUGGGCCUCUUUACCUGCAUCGGUGCAAUCACCGUAUCGAUAGACCGUUCCGAUAACAAACCACCACCAACUCGAUCAUCCAUGAUCGCAAACGGCUGGCGACCAUUGACGAACGGCUACGAAGAAACGAUCGGGACGAACGUCUCGCCGUCGAGCAAUCUCGAGCGGAACGCUCCCCUGCACCCAGUUCUGGGCAAGUUUCACGAGCACAUGGCUACCUCCGAGAAGCUGAAGCCUCACCGAAAGGGCAAACCAUCUUCCCAUCACGACUACAGUCCACCGAGUAUACUAGGUAGUUUCACGGUCCUCGGCCACGCCGCGGCGAAAGCGCGCGGCGAGGCUCAAUCCGGCCACGGUCACGCGAGCAAACACGUCGCCUCCGAGACGCGUGAGUACACGUUCCUGAUCCCGCCGCCGAAAGACGCCUACCGUUUCGACCUGGACCAACACCGGAAGCCGAUCUUACGAGACAGCACCGCGUACCUGCGUCAGCCAGCGUUUGGCCUUUCGUCGGUGCAUCAAUCACCAGACCCGAUCAAAGCAGCCACGUAUUUCAUCAAAGGGUACACCUCCACCACGAACUCGCCAUCGUCGCCGAGCACCUCGAAGAACAGACACUACGGCGAGCCGUACGUUCCUCAGUUGCUGCAACCGCCGAGAUACCAGGUGAAGCCGUUCGAGUCCCUGAAAGUGUCCAGUAACGCGAAACCGUACUUCCAGCCGCCUGGCACCGCGCUGGCCAACGAUUUCGGCAAGGACAAACGACUGUCGGAUUACGAUCACAGGCAGAGCUACGACAAAUUCCCCGGCCAGGCUCAGCACAGCGAUCACGCGAUCAAUCCAGCCGGCACAGGGAACUUUUACAGCCAACUGAAUCAUCCCUCUCACUCGUACAAGACGUCCUUCGAGAGAGAUCCCGCGUUCCUUGUCCACGAGAGCCACGAGAUCAGCUACAUCACGCCGCCUUCCAUCUACAACCCGUUCAAUUUCAGGCCGUCGUUGCCGUACGAGACUCUUCUCCCCCCUGACGUGUACUCGUCGUCCACUCCCGCGCCUACCACCCCUCGCACGCAGGAGCCGAGCAAGUUCCAGCAACAGAACAGGGACAACGUUGCGCAGGAUCGCAAGAGGCCAAGUCAAACCGCGAACAAAGUGAUCAAACAACAGGUAGACGUAGGCGGUGAAGUCCAGAGCGAGCUGUUGCCGACAGCGGGCAUCGCCAACACCUAUUACGUGUCGGAAGCUCAGGAUCUGACGCCGCCGCCGUCCGCCUGGCCAGUCCCAAAGAGCAAAUACCAGACGUCGGACAUAAACGAGGUUCUGCCGAGAGUGAAUCCACCGUCCAAGUUCAGCCAAGAGUCCAUAACGUCGAACCAGAUCCCCCAAGCGCCGAAGGUGGUGUUCAUCGGGCCGCAGUCGCAACAGCCGCAGUUCCAAAGCUCCGUAUUGCCGAUCGACGUCCGGCCGGAGAGCGGCGAGCCGGAGUACGAAACGCCGGAGAGCAUCUCGCUGAAGCAUUUCAACGAGCAGCAGUACCUGAUCCAGCAGCAAUUGCUGCAGAGAGACCGGCAGAGGCUGGCCGAGCAGGAGAGGCAACAGCAGUUGGAGAUCGAGAGGCAGCAGCAGGAGGAGUUGAAGAAGAGGCAGGAGGAGGUGAGGCUGUUGCUGGAGCAGCAGAAGGAGGAGGAAGAGGCGCGGCUGGCGGUGGAAUCAGCGAGGAAUCACACGGAGAAAUUGACGAAAAUCGCGGAGGGACAAUCGCCUUACGCGAUCCAGUUGGUUGGAUACGAGAUACCGAAGGUUACCACGGACCUAGCCGCGGUGAUUACCGAGCAGAGCGGCAUUGGCGAGCAGCCAAAGGUUCAACAGUCUCAGGUGACCCAACCGGAUUACGUGUUCUCGGAGCGACCCACCAGCCAGAGCCAGCAGUUGCAGGAUCACUCGAAGAAUCAGCAGGAGCAAGUGAAUUACCGGGAACAGCAGACUGACAUACGAGCUCAGAGACCGCAGAAACCAUCGCGCGAUCAAUAUAGACGGCGAAAACCGAGCACCGCGUCGUAUGAGCCACCGCCAACGGAAGCUCCGAUCCAAGUUCCAGAAACCUCCGUUCCGGUGACGCUGCACGCGUCGGAGGAAGUGCCUAUACAGACGACUAUCGCGCCAGAAACUGUCACAGUGGCGACGGUGAGUACGCAAAAGGCGAGAACUCGGAGACCAGGUUCCCCGCUACGUCGUAGGAGGCCAACAACAACCACCGUCGAACCUGUCACCGUGCCAGCGACGGACGACUACCUAAAGUACGAGAAACAGGAAGACGCGGUGCACCAAGUGGAGGCUGCAAAGAGGAAACGGAUCAAGCCUACGGAGACAGCGAGCUACGAUGACAUUACGGUGACCGAGAAGAAAGCUAACAUCAGGAAACGACCGGGCCACAGGAACAGAGUGAACCCGGGCGAGCCUUUCGAUGCUGAGAUCGUCACGGAGAUCGUUCACACACCUGUGAACACGUACAGGAGUCCGACCGAGUCUGUUCAACCCUACGACGAGUACAACGCUCGUUUCGCGACCAGUCAGCCUAAUCAACAAUUCGAGCACACGGAGGAACAUCGUGAAGACAGCACGCAGGCCAUACCGCUGGAAUAUUACACCGAGUCGACGAGAGUCAGGCCCGAGGAAGAUCCACGCAACGAGAGCUAUGAUCCGCAGUUGCAGGGCUCGCCAGUUGCCACGAAAAUCCCUCUGGAGGAUCUGUUUGUGAGAACGGAGGGUAAUUACUUCGAUCGAGGGGCGGUGGUGUCUACCAGCACGAGCAUAAGCACGAGUGCAAGCGUCACAACGACCGCACCAAUGACCACGUCGAGCACGCAGGCGCCGUCGUUAAGCUCAUCGACCAGCAGAUCGCACAAGAUCCGGCCGAUCAGGUACGGGAACACGACCAGGCCGCGCUUCAGCAUCAAGGACUACAAGAGCCGAUUGGAUUACAAGAGCAGAUUAGCUCAGAUUCCCAGCACCGAGCCGUCCGCGACUCCAGCGUCGUCGCACACGAGGCAGAGAGGUGCCAGUAGAGACAAGAGUCAACAGAGUCAGCAGCAGCUGCAAAACGCCGAGGGGGGACGAGAGACGACAGGGAGGUACAAGUACGUCUCGAGGGUGAAUUACAGGACGUCCUCGGCGAGUCCAGCGGUGGCCAAGGAUCAGGACUCGGCGGCCGAAGACGGUAAUGGCUCCUCGACGACCGAAAGGAGCAACCGUUUCGUGCCAAAGAGGAGACCGGUGAACGGUAACGUGUACAGGAGCAGAGUUUCAGGGACGACGAACGCACCGCACAGGUCGCAGAGUCAUUACGACGGCGAUUCACAGACGAAACCCGGCACAGCCAGGCCCGAGAACGUGUUCUCGUCGUCGGUGCGACGACGACCGAUGAUGAAGAGCAGACUGCCGACGCAGAGCACGACCGCGAGCUACCCGGAUAGAAAAGAGACGGAUGCCACUGAAAUGGCCGCGGAAGAAACCAGCUUCUACUCGUCGGUCACCACCAGCGGCACCACGAAAGUGGCCGCUAACGAGAUCCCCACUAUUGAAAGGGAGGAAGCCACUUCCACGAGCCUCCCGAUCCCACUGGGAUCGAACACGGAAGAAAGAGGCGAAAAGCUCGGAACAAGCACCGACAAGAGCCUGGACGAGAGCCAACCGAAGGUGGCCAACGUCACGGCGGAACAGUACUCCAUGACGAAGCUGGAGGAAACUACGACACAAAGCGAGAGCAAAGUCACCACGAGAGAGGAAACCACGACCGCGAGAUACGAGAUUCGAUCGGAGGACGAGGAACUGUUCGCGAAAGCGUCGCAAAGCGUGGCCGAUCUCACCAGUUCCGCUUCUGCCCUUUACGACAAGCCCGGUAUGUUCAAGGCCGUGUCUCCAGAGAGCAGGGUAGUCGCGCCGCACUUCAAGAUCCCCACCGACGAGCCGACUCUCCCCAUCGAGGCUUUCUUCCAGGAACUGUCGAAGAAGAGCUAAGAGAACGGAGCUUCGAGUACUUCGUUCUUCGUGGGGGGAAAGUCGGAUUCGGUGGCUGCUCUUUCGAGCACCACCGUCUCUCUGAGAGGGAGCUCGGGUCUUUUGCAGUUUAUUAUACGAGAUCGUGGAUGUAAUAUCUCCUUGCGAAUAUCGAUCCGGGUUCUGCGGCUGAUUGCACGGUGAUUUAAUUGUUUAACCUCUUGCGCUGGAACAAUUGUGCCACGCGCGUCGAGAAUUUUUUGCUCCAAAGUUGUAA